CAGUAGUAAAAAAAAAGAAAACUGGUUGCCAUGAAUUUCGGCUAGUUAGCCACCGACAGCUGUCAACACAUAUGAAGAAAACCAUCCAUGUCAAGGCACAAGAAGGACUUUCGAACACUUGUGCUGCUUCUUUGUAUAUAUAGUGGCACAUCCGCCUGCCUGCCGACCUACUGUGAAUCGCUCCAGCUGGCUCAGUGACUACAUUAGAAGACCUUGGCACCACCGUGUGCCAGCUCAUUUCAAGACCCAGGGAUUUUUGAUUCCAGGUAUCUUUCUGAUUCCAGAAGAUGAACGGUCUGUCCAUACGAGAGCUAUGCUGCCUGUUCUGCUGCCCCCCUUGCCCCAGUCGCAUUGCAGCCAAGCUGGCUUUCCUCCCUCCAGAGCCCACUUAUGCCCUUCUUCCUGACCCAGAUCCAGUUACUGGAGCAGGAACUACCUCUGGGCCUGGCUCUGGAGCUGCCGUGCCAUCUCUCGGAGCUCCAGGACUGCGUUCCCGGCUGGGUGCUGGUAGCGGAAGUGACAGAGGGGGUGGAGGAGGUGGAGGAGGAGGUGGCGGCGGCGGCAGCAUCAGCAGCAGCACCAGUAGUGGUGGUGGAGCAGGUGGUAGUGCGAGUGAAGGCAGGUGGAAGUUGCAUCUCAGUGAGAGAGCAGAGUUCCAGUAUUCACAGAGAGAGCUGGAUGUGACAGAUGUGUUCCUGACUAGGUCCAGCCGAGGGAACAGGGUUGGAUGUAUGUACAUUCGCUGUGCUCCCAAUGCUAGGUUUACAGUGCUGUUUUCCCAUGGUAACGCAGUGGACCUAGGCCAGAUGAGCAGCUUCUAUAUUGGCUUAGGCACGCGCAUCAACUGCAACAUUUUCUCCUAUGAUUACUCAGGCUACGGUGUUAGCACUGGCAAGCCCUCUGAGAAGAACCUUUAUGCUGACAUCGAUGCUGCCUGGCAUGCCCUGCGCUCUAGGUAUGGCAUCAGCCCUGAGAAUAUAAUCCUGUAUGGACAGAGCAUUGGCACAGUGCCCACUGUAGACUUGGCGUCACGUUUCGAAUGUGCUGCUGUGGUCCUCCACUCUCCUCUCACGUCUGGUAUGAGAGUGGCAUUCCCCGACACCAAGAAAACAUACUGUUUUGAUGCCUUCCCUAACAUCGAGAAGGUGUCAAAGAUCCCGUCUCCAGUUCUCAUCAUCCAUGGUACAGAGGACGAGGUGAUCGACUUCUCUCACGGCCUUGCUCUGUUCGAGCGCUGCCCCAAGGCCGUGGAGCCUCUCUGGGUGGAGGGAGCUGGUCACAACGACAUUGAGCUUUACAGUCAGUACCUGGAGAGGCUACGGCGCUUCAUCAACCAGGACCUCGCUGCACAGCAUGCCUGAGAAAUAAACAACAGCCUCACUGCAUUUGUAUGAAUGAGGCGUGUGUGUCUGUAAGUGUGUCUGAGGAAGCUAAGUGAGACAGAAGUAUAUCAUCAUGUAGAUCUAAAAAAAAAGGACAUUAUUUUGUUUUUUAUUUUUGCCACAUCUGUGUGUCUUUGAAGCAGCACACCUGAAGGUUAAUUUAACACAUCCUCUCUUUCAUUUCUCAUUUUAAAGAUGAGAGCAUUUUUUAAGCUAUGAUCAGGUGUAUUUAUCUGUUUGGUGGAAAUGCUCCAAAACAAACAAAAAACAAAACAAAAAAUGACGAAUACAAUUUUUAACAUGGGAAGUAUUAUGGGUUGCAGCUUUAAAAUGUGUUAACUUGCACAAGUUAAGAAAGAAGAACGAGGUGCUUUGUCCAAAAAGGCUCACAGAUGUAAUUUUAAGUGUGACAUGUUAGUGAAUGUAUGAUUGAUGGAUGGAUGUCUAUUUAGUGUUUAUUCAUAUCUCCAUGGACCUCUUACUUCUGCGGACAUGAACUUGUGUGAGCUUGGAGCAGUGCUGAAUGAAAUGAACAUCCUGAUGACUUGGACAUCCACAAGUGGAGAAGACUCCUCUAAGUUUUUUUUCUUCUUUUUUGCAAGUGUAUGAAUGAAGAAUACCUCCACUGCUUGACCAGUACUCUCUCCAGUGGACAAACACUGGUCAAGGAUGUGCCCCCACCCCCUCUUCUUCUUCUUCCUCCUCCUUCUUCUUCUAUCCUCCCUGUUUACCAGUUAAUGGACAUCCACCUGACUGCCAGGGCAUUUCCCAACUUGUUAUCCAGCUUACUCUUAUCUGCUUUUCUGUGUGUGGUAUGAGGGUCCAUUAUCUUUCCUUUGUCCUCUGAAGCGGAUACACAAGGAUUCAUCUGGAAUACUCUUCAUAGCUUGUAUGGCUGGUUGGGUGUCACUUACUUUCCCUCACUUCUGACUCUUUGAGAAGAUCACGAAUUUCCCAGCUGUCCUUUUACUGUUCACAAACUUGGCAAACUUGUGAGUUAUUUUUGCUUUUUCCAAAAUCAACAUAUCCUGAACAGGAAUGAUGAUGUGGAUGAAAUGGAAACACGCGUUUGGAAGCCACACUGAGGACAACUGUGGUUACGUGGAUGUUUCCCUGACAUAAGGGAAACUAAAAUAGAAGUGAAGGCUAGCUCAGUAAUUUUCAUGUCACAUUAGAGGAUUUAACAGAAGGCAGUAAUCCUUUAGUGUUCCCUGGUGUGUGUUGUUUAAAGGUAGGAUUAAGUCAGAACUGAAGGAGCAGGUUGAUAUUUUGGGGCAUUCACUUAUUGACUUUUUUUGUUGCGUUGGAUGAGAAGAUUUACCAUGGAGGUGCCAGUAGGCACAAUGAUCUGGAGUUUGUUUGGACACAGGCAGGCUGCUUGUUUCCUCUCCUGUAUUAAUGCUAACCUAAGCUAACUGGCUGCUAGCUUUAACUGUAACUCUAUUUAUUAUACUUGGUUUGAUCAAUCUUCUCAUCUAUCCUCUGCAAAAGAAAAAGCAAAUAAGCACAUUUCCAAAAUGUUGAAUUAUUCCUUCAUGCUAGAAGUGUGAUCAUCAGGGAUGUCUGUAAUUUAUUUGUAGAACUAUUUAGAGAACAAACCCUUUUGAUAGGUGUUUUGGCUGGACUUAGAGGAUUUAAAGGUAUAAAAGACAAAGUAGCUGCUUAGUUCACCAAACUCCAUUCAGAAUAAUUGCCCUUGAUCAGAAUAAUUCUGGUUAACUCGUAGUCUUACGGCAUCGUUUUUUUUGUUUUUUUCUCUGAGUCUCACUCCAGUAUCAUUCAUUACUGGAGUUUGACGGGUUCUUGUUCAUAUUCACUUUGAGCACAUUUUCUUCUAACGUGUUUGUCUUGACAUAAUUAAUCCAAAUGUGUUUGUCGUAGUGUAGGGCCAUGGACUCUUUGUCUCAGAACCAUAUGUGUUGAUGUUAAUGACUAACAAUGUGAUUCAGAUCGGGCGCCGAGACGUGACGACAUGUUCACUUUAGCUCCGUUUUAACCUUUGUGGCCCCAAAUACAGGAGCUCUCUUAUGGGUGGCAGCAGGCGUCAUGUCUGACACAAGCCAUAUUUGAGCCUUUCACUGUUGGUGUGGUGCAGGUUCCACCACACGCACACACAAUGAAACACUAGAUGCAUACACAUACUGUACUGUACAGUAUAUUUACACAUUUAUAUAUAUCAGAUCAAGCAUGGCAAAGCAGGUCUUAAGUUCAGCACUAUUGUAAAAAGCAUCUAAAGUGUAAUAUGGGUGUAAAAUGUAAGUUUGUGUGUCGUCUUCUUUGUUAUUGACUGUCUUCUACAGGCUAGCAUUAAGGAUACUAGCAUCCUGUUUGAAUAUGUACAUAAUACACCUUGUGUGUUGGCCUGAAAAAGUACAAGAACUGGUUUUAUAGUUGCAGGCUAGGACCACUUUUCAGGUCCUCUACAAGGUGUCUGUACACAAGACCCAUCAAUUUCAGUGACAGUAGCUGUGUUUUGUUAAAGGGAACAUGUACAGAACUAGCACUUAUCUGAUUACUCCAUUUUUGGGAGUGCAAGUGGGUCUUGGUAAGUGGUGGAAAAGGUUUGUGAAACACCACUUUGCCGCUGUCAUCGUUUCAAACAGGGAACCUCACCAUUCUCAUCCUGUGCUUCGUGUCUCUGAAAUGUAAAUAAUGGAAAUCUGUUACCAUCUUGAACCAGGGAUCUGAGCUCUCAGAAGAGUUGGAGAGAGUAGUUGCUUUUCUCUGAAAAAAGAAGUAGGCCUCAGUUUUCUUCUGGUCAGGUCGUAUUAUCAGGGAAACCACUGGAUCCACUUUUCAUUCAUUGGGUUUGGUUUAAGAAAUGGGGUUUAAAAAAAACAAAAAAAAACAUUUUAUUGAUGCACCACUAUGGUUAGACAUGCAUUGUAUCCUCUGGCCCUGAAUGUUUAUUGAUGGGGGGCGGUCAGGGUGUGAAACACUAAAAAAAAAAAAAUGUAUGCAUGUUUAUUGUGUUUUGCAGAGCAAAUGACAGGGUGAUCUCUGUUAUGUAUUCUGUGUGAGGAUAAAGCUGAACUCAUAACAUAUGAACAUUGAAGCGCUUUAAAAAAAAACGGGAUGUUCAUUUUAAUUUUUUUUUAUUGCUGAUACUAACUGAUGUAAUGUCAUGAGUUUUGUGCUAGAGUUUGAGUGGGGAUGUGUUGGGUGGUUGGGGGGGUAGACCAUAUUUGUGGGCUGUUUAUAUGGUUACUGUACUUAUCUAUUCUAUUCUUUGUAUUAUGAUUUGUAAUUUUAUGUUGCUUUUUGAACUAAGAAUAUGAUGUAAUGAAAUUAAUUCAUGGGACUGAAUCUUGACCUUUUUAUGGACAACAAAAUAAAAAAAAAUUCACUUAUGUACAAAAUAUGAAA